GUUAUGCCUAAAACUGCGUUUCCUGCAGAUCCCGGCAGAGCUUGCCGCUUCUGUGUGUGUGCCUGCUUUGCCCCUGCUCUGAGGCCGGUGUCCCUGCUUUGUCCUUGCUCGCCUCCCCCCCCCACAAAGUAUCUGCCCUGUCCCUGCUUUUCUCCGCCGCGCUCUGCUUCCGGCUUUCAGGUGAAGCUCUCGCGCUCGGCCCCUCCCCCCGCGCUAACCUGCCCAAGACAGGAAGCUGCCUUCGAGACCCGUAAACAGGGUAAAAAAAAGCUGGUCGGCCGCAACUAUGGGAGCCGAAUUAAAGAGACCAUGGUCAUGAAAGUCGAAAAGAAGGAGCUACGGACGCCGUGGACGGAAUAACUUACCCGUUAACCCUGGUAUUAGUGGGCAGUAACUCGGACAGCCGCUUAGUGAGUCACGACCGGGUAGAGAAGACUGGGCACCUACUCUGACCGACUACCUUACCCGAGGCCUCGGAGGAGCAGUUUUUGUGUUGUUUGCCGAGCACGCAAACUUGAAAAACAAAAAAACUGUUUUUCUCACCCUUUUUUUCGGACAAGUUUAUCAGUGGAAAGUUGGACUUUGCUUUUGGCUAAAGUAACCGGCCAGAAGAUGGAUUCGGGGAACUCAGCCUCUGCGCCUAUGGCUAAAAGCGGCAAAGAGAAGAAGUCUAAGAAAAGCAUUGAGGAAGGCGAUGUGAAAAAGAAAUUCACUUUCAAACGGCUGAUUCCAGAUGAGCUGGAACGGUUCACUAGCAUGCGGAUUAAGAAGGAGAAGGAGAAGCCCCUCCCUCCUGGCCAGCGACACUCCUUGGCCACACAGUACGAGGUGCCCACCCAGAUGCAUGACCACCCUGAUGAGUACGUGCUGGAGCUCUUUGAGCAGAUGCUGGUGGACAUGAACCUGAACGAAGAGAAGCAGCAGCCUCUCCGAGAGAAAGACAUCGCCAUCAAGAGGGAGAUGGUGUCCCAGUACCUGCACACCUCCAAAGCGGGUCAGAGCCAGAAGGAGAGCUCCAGGUCUGCGGUGAUGUACAUCCAGGAGCUGAAGGGAGACCUGAGGGAUAGCCAAUUACUGAGCUGCCUGGAGUCACUGCGAGUGUCGCUUAGCAACAAUCCUGUGAGCUGGGUCCAGACAUUUGGGGACGAGGGACUUGCCCUGCUGUUGAACUAUUUGAAGAGACUGCAGGACGAAAAGGACGAAUACUCAGUAAAGUGUCAGCAUGAGAUCAUCCGCUGCCUGAAGGCCUUCAUGAACAAUAAGCACGGCCUGAAAGCCAUGCUCACCUCACGGGAUGGUAUCCCCCUGCUAGUGAGGGCCAUCAACCCCAGGGUGCCCCAUAUGAUGGCGGAUGCCGUCAGGCUCUUGUCAGCCAUCUGUAUUUUGGAAAGCCCAGAGAACCUACAAGAGCGAGUGCUGGAGGCCAUCACAGAGUAUGCUGAGGAGCAGGACCUGGAGCGAUUCCAGCCUCUGCUGUCAGGAAUGCAGAAACCCAUCAUAGCCCUCAAGGCUGGCUGCAUGCAGCUCAUCAAUGCCCUGAUCAGUCGAGGGGAGGAGCUGGACUUCAGGAUCCACAUUCGCUCGGAGCUCAACAGGCUGGGUCUGAAAAACCUCCUCAAGGAUGUCCGGACCAUCGAGAACGAAGAGCUUAAGGUGCAGCUCAUGGUCUUCGAUGACCAGGCGGAAGAUGACUCGGAGGAGCUCAAGGCUCGACUUGACGAUGUGCGAGUUGAGAUGGAUGAUAUGAUGGAGGUCUUCCAGAUCCUGAUGAACACAGUGAAGGACUCCAAGGCAGAGGGGCAUUUUCUGUCUGUUCUCCAGCACCUGCUCCUCAUCCGCAAUGACUACAUGGUCAGGCCGCACUACUACAAGCUGAUUGAUGAGUGCAUCAGCCAGAUCAUUCUGCACCGGAAUGGCAGCGACCCCGACUUUAAGUGCAGGAGCUUCAAACUGGACGUGGAUGGGUUAAUCGACAACAUGGUGGACAAAACGAAGGUGGAGAUGAGUGAAGCCAAAGCCCAGGAGUUGGAGAAAAAGCUGGAUUCGGAGCUGACUGCACGCCACGAGCUGCAAGUGGAGCUUAAGAAGAUGGAAGGGGACUAUGAUCAGAAAGUGCAGGAUCUCAGCUCUGAGAAGGAACACCUGGGGCAGGAGAAGUUGGAGAAGGAGAAGGAGAACCAGAAACUCCUGGAAGACAUCAUCCAGCUUAAAGAGCAGAUAGAGAAGCUCUCCAAGGACCUGGAGGAUGCCAAGACGAAGGUCAUCACUGUGCCUGCACCUGUGCCUCAGCCGCCAACUGUCCCUGGAAGUGCUGGGAUGCCCCCUCCCCCUCCUCCACUGCCCGGGCAGGCUGGGUUUCCUCCACCGCCCGCUCCACCUCCUCUCCCUGGACAGAUUGGGUUACCUCCUCCACCACCUCCCCUCCCAGGGCAUGCUGGGAUACCCCCUCCACCACCUCCCCUCCCUGGCCAUGCCGGGAUACCCCCUCCACCACCUCCCCUUCCAGGAAUGCCUGGUAUGCCCCCUCCACCACCUCCCCUUCCAGGAAUGCCUGGUAUGCCCCCUCCACCACCUCCCCUUCCAGGAAUGCCUGGUAUGCCUCCUCCACCACCUCCUCCCCCAGGAAUGCCUGGUAUGCCUCCUCCACCACCACUGGCCCCAGGCAUGGCUCCGCCUCCCUUGAUGUCUAGCUGGGGUGUCCCAGCUGUACCAGUCCUGCCUUUCGGCCUGGUCGCGAAGAAGACCUAUAAGCCCGAGGUACAGCUAAAGAGGGCCAAUUGGUCCAAGCUUGGACCCGAGGACCUGUCUGAGAGCAGCUUUUGGACCAAAGCGAAUGAGGAGCGCUUUGAGAAUAACGAGCUUUUCGCCAAGCUCACUCUGGCCUUCUCCGCUCAGACCAAGUCUUCUAAAGCCAAGAAAGACGCAGAUGGGACGGACGACAAGAAGGCGGGGCAGAAGAAGAAGGUCAAAGAGCUGAAGGUUCUCGACACCAAGGCGUCCCAGAACCUCUCCAUCUUCCUGGGCUCUUUCCGUCUGCCCUACGAGGAGAUAAAGAACGUCAUCCUGGAAGUGAACGAGAAGGUGCUCACGGAGUCUAUGGUUCAGAACCUGCUGAAGCAACUUCCAGAGCAGGAGCAGCUGAACGUGCUGGCGGAGAUGAAGGAUGACUAUGAGGACCUGGCAGAGUCCGAGCAGUUUGGAGUCGUGAUGAGCGCCGUGAAGCGGCUGAAGCCGCGACUCACCGCCAUCCUGUUCAGGCUCCAGUUUGAGGAACAGAUGAACAACAUCAAGCCGGACGUGGUCUCGGUGACGGCGGCGUGCGAGGAGCUGAGGAAGAGCAGCAACUUCACCCAGCUGCUGCAGAUCAUCCUGCUGGUGGGAAAUUACAUGAACGCCGGCUCACGCAAUGCGGGGUCCUUCGGCUUCAGCAUCAGCUACCUCUGCAAGUUGCGGGACACCAAAUCCGCGGAUCAGAAGAUGACCCUGUUGCACUUCAUAGCUGACAUGUGUCAGGAGCAGUAUGCUGACAUCAUGCACUUUACAGAGGAGCUCAUUCAUGUGGAGAAGGCCAGCAAAGUGUCGGCAGAGACUCUGCAGAAGAACAUCGAGCAGAUGGGCAAGCAGAUCAAGGACCUAGAGAAGGACAUUGAGACCUUCCCACCCCCUCAGUGCGACAAGGAUCUGUUUGUGGAGAAGAUGACCAGCUUUGUUGGCAAUGCGCGGGAGCAAUACGAAAAGCUUGAUCUCAUGCAUCAAAACAUGAUCAAGCAGUAUGAGGACCUGGGCGUGUUCUUUGUCUUCGACCCCAAGAAGAUGUCAAUAGAGGAGUUCUUUGGCGACCUCAACAACUUCUGUAACAUGUUCCAGCAAGCAGUCAAGGAGAAUCAAAAGAGGAAGGAGGCUGAGGAGAAGAUGCGGAGAGCUAAGCUGGCCAAGGAGAAGGCUGAGAAGGAGAAGGAGGAGAAGCAGAAGAAGAGUCAGCUCCUGGACAUCAAUGCAGAUGGUGAUGAGACGGGCAUCAUGGAUGGCCUGCUGGAGGCGCUGCAGUCGGGAGCGGCCUUCAGGAGAAAGAGGGGUCCCCGGCAAGCCGCCAACCGAAGAGCUGGCAAUGCUGUGACCUCCAUCCUGGCCAAAGAGCUGCUGCAGGACGACACCUCAAGCGGUCCCAAGAAGAGCAAGAAGGAUGAGAGCAAGGCAGAGGUCCUGCAAGAGGCAGACUUAGAGCUUGAUCUGUUGGAGGACGCUCCGUCCCGUGCCAGUUAAAGAAGCUCCUUUUAGCUGCUGGUCUGAGAGAGAUGGAGGGGCAAUAGACAGACAUACUUUUGGUCAUAUCAGUAGGCUGCCUGCAACAUCCCCCUUGUGUAACAGUUCCUGCGUCUUCCCCUUCUCCACUGCGCCUUCGCCUGGCUGUAGGGUAACUUUCUCCAUAGCUCCUGCUCUAUAACCAGAGCCGGCGCCACAUCAAUCUCACUUUUGUUCUCAUUCUCUUAUAAUGCACUUUUUUCUUUCUCUGUCUCUCUCUGUCAUCUCGCGUAGUCCUAUUCCGACACGCCUGACAGACGCAUGCGUGUGUGAGACAGGCAGCCCGAAUGCUUCUCCCCUUGGCGAGAGCUCGGUGGAAUGGACCAUACAGCAGACUGUUACCAACAGGUCUGGUUAGUUCUAACAUCAUGCCGCUGCACCUGCUUGUAUCUGUGUACAACUAUACAAGUGCAAAGUGCCACAUUCCACUGCCGUCACCUGCAAUGUGUCCCUGAGACAGUGACACGGCAGAACUCCCCCAUUUGCUGUGACAUCUUCACCACAAUUCGUAGCUGUCUGUGAUAAAGGGCUGGAUCAUCACCACAGUUUGAAUGUCUUUUUUUUUUUGUCUCCCAUGAUAAUCUUCAGUAUUGGGGAUAGUAUUGUUGCUGAUGUUCGUUGUGCCUUCAUAUCCUGUUUUUGGAAACGUAGAGCACCUUAACACUGCUCACCUGGCACUGUAAUGGCGGGGCCCCUCCCAAGGGCCCUGGAUGUUCUGUUACUUCGCUGUCAUCCCUGGUCACCCGCUGUCGCUGUAGAAACAUGGUGGCCCUGGAUAUUACUUUAGAAGGAGUAGUAGUCACUGGGGGAAAAAAAGUACAAAAGUGCUUGUACAGUUACUGAGGAUUAAAAGUGGUCACUGCUGACCCAGCACUGGGGUGUCCUCUCCCUCACUGCCCUUAAGUCACCCCCCUGAAGUGCACUUAGGAAUGGGAAAACAGUCACAGCAGCUGUAGUUGAAGCUCCCGUAAGACCCUAAUCCAUGACAAGGCUGCGCCUUCACAACACCGGUGAAGGGUUGAUAUCUCGUUAACAUUUUUUACUUUUUAGGGGUCACUGUGGGAUCUGAUAGCCAUACAGACUGUUGGCUCAUAGAACUGGGACCAAUGUCAAAUCCGUAAUCUGUAUGUUUAUAAAGAGAACUAUAUAUGAACAGCCUGAUAUCAGUGUUGCUCUCUAUACCCAGUCCUGGCGCCGUGCCUUGUUGAGAACACAUUUGUUGAAAUAUCAUCUAAGUAUUGUCUGCCUGAUGCCAGUUGGUUGAAAUUAAAGAAAUACUGUAAUAUUUGGCUGACUUUCAGAAGCCAAAAGUGCUUGAUUAUUUUUCUUUUAAAAUAAACUUUCUUUUCUAUACCAAUUUUUAUUCUGAAUAUUUUAAUAUAAGUAAUGGAUUCCAGUUGUGACUUCACCAGGACUUUCCAGUUCACGGCGGUAUUAUUUGUAUAUUGAACUAUCUACUGUACCUAGAUACCCUGUUAAGUUGAUAUUUUCCAGUCCCAUACAAUAAAGUGUCUUGAAUAUUGUGUA